AGCAGUCAGACACUCAGAGGGACUUGGCUCUCCUUUUGAAGCUUGCACAUCCUCAGCUUUCUUUUGCUCAGCCAGCGGACAAUCUUUAACACUGCCAGAAUGAGGAAGGCAAGGUCAACCAUAAGCUCCAGCAGCAUCAGAAGAUCCUAUGCAACACCAGUCAGCUCAUACAGAGCUGAGUCUAUCAGCUAUGGCGGUGGACCCAGCUUCAGCUCUUCAUCUGGCUAUGGUGGUUUCAGCAGCAUGUCUUCAAGGUCCAUGGGUGGUAUGGGCCAGCAGAGUAUGAUGCAUGCAACAAUUACACCUGUCCAGACCAACCCAAGCCUGCUGAACCCACUGAACCUGGAGUUUGACAAAACCAUCUCGGUUGUCCGCACCCAGGAAAAGGAUCAGAUCAAGACCCUCAACAACCGCUUCGCCUCCUUCAUUGACAAGGUCCGUUUCCUGGAACAGCAGAACAAGAUGCUGGAGACCAAGUGGAGUCUUCUGCAGGAACAAACCACAACCCACUCCAACAUUGACAGCAUGUUCGAGGCCUACAUUGCUAACCUGCGCAGACAACUUGAUGGUCUUGGAAAUGAGAAGAUGAAGCUGGAGGGAGAGCUGAAGAACAUGCAGGGCCUGGUUGAGGACUUCAAGAUGAAGUAUGAGGAUGAAAUCAACAAGCGUGCUGCAGCUGAGAACGAGUUUGUCCUCCUGAAGAAGGAUGUUGAUGCGGCCUACAUGAACAAGGUGGAGCUGGAGGCUAAAGUCGAUGCUCUUCAGGAUGAGAUUAACUUCCUCAGGGCUGUAUAUGAGACUGAGCUCCGUGAGCUGCAGGGCCAGAUCAAGGACACCUCUGUUAUUGUUGAGAUGGACAACAGCCGUAACCUUGACAUGGAUGCCAUUGUGGCUGAAGUGCGUGCUCAGUAUGAGGACAUUGCUAACCGCAGCAAGGCUGAGGCAGAAACCUGGUACAAGCAGAAGUAUGAUGAGAUACAGUCCUCUGCUGGACAGUAUGAGACAGACCUGCGCUCAACAAAGGCUGAGAUUGCUGACCUGAACCGAAUGAUUGCACGUCUUCAGAAUGAGAUUGAAGCCAUCAAGGCACAGAGAGCCAACCUGGAGGCUCAGAUCACAGAGGCUGAGGAACGUGGUGAGCUGACAGUAAAGGAUGCCAAGGCUCGCAUCAAGGAUCUGGAGGAUGCUUUGAACAGAGCCAAGACAGAGAUGGCCCAACAGGUGCGCCAAUACCAGGACCUGAUGAACAUCAAGCUUGCCUUGGACAUUGAGAUCGCCACCUACAGGAAACUGCUGGAAGGGGAGGAGUCCAGACUGUCUGGUGGAGGAAGCAGUGCCACUAUCCAUGUGACUUCUUCAUCCGGCGGAGUGACCAGUAGCAGCGGUGGAUUUGGCUAUGGUGGAUCCAGUUCUUAUGGUGGAUCCAGUGGUUAUGGUGGUAGCACCAUCGCCACCAAGUCCAUCACCACACAGAGCAGUUCCAGAAGACUUUACUAAAGUCUUUUAAAAGGAGAGCCUCUCUUUGCAACCUUCAGAAACUUUUGAAUUAAUGCUUAAUCUCUACCUUUUCAUGGUGCUAAGUAAUGCUGUAACAUUUUUUCAAGAAAUGAGCUGAGCAUCCCCUACAAUAAAAAAAAAACAAAUUUUCAAACCGGCAACUACUUUCUGUUCUGUUAAACAACCUAAAACAGAAGUUUCUGAAGGCUCAGGUCAGUUAAAAUGGCAAUGUUUUAUUUUCUUUCUGCACUGACAUCUGGAAAAAAACAUGAAAAAAAGAAGAAACAAAGGUUGAUGUGGAGUGAUGAAACAGAGAGAGUUUGAACAUCUUGCUGUCACUGAUUAAACCUAAAUGUUUGAUAAAUGCAGGGUUAAAAAAAAUUGUGUGAAUUUACAUGUUUACACUUAAACCCUCUGAGCUAGUUGUGACUUUUCCUUUUUUUUUUUUUUUUGUUCAAACUCACCUCUAGUUUUUCCUCCAGUUGCCUUUUAUCUCUGAAGAUGUUGAAACCAGGUUUAUUUUAUGUAAGCUUCUCAGUGAUAUUAUGGUUGAAAAUUGCUGAUGAAUAUGAACAUCCCAUAAAAUAAA